AUGAACUCACAGUCCCCUCGCGACCUCUUUCUGCUCCACGAGUGCGUGGGAAAAGGCAAUUUCGGAGAUGUCUACCGCGCAACAGAAAAGAGCACCAACCGGAUCGUAGCGGUCAAGAUCGUGGAUUUGGACGAAUCAGACGAGGACAUCAACAUUCUAAUUCAAGAGGUCCAGUUCCUCUCCCAGUUGAAAUCACCCUAUAUAACCGGCUACUUUAACACGUACAUCCAAGAUGUUUCCAUGUGGAUCUCCAUGGAGUACUGUGGUGGGGGAUCAUGCGCCGAUUUGCUCAAGUGCCAUCGUAAACUAGACGAAACAGCCGUGGCUUAUAUCACCAGAGACGUCUUGAGGGGCCUCGAAUACUUGCACUUGCAGCAAAAAGUGCACCGGGAUGUGAAAGCUGCCAAUAUCCUCUUGACCGCCAAUGGGGGCGUCAAAUUGGCGGAUUUCGGGGUCAGUGGGCAGCUCAGCUAUACCCAGGUCAAGAGAGAUACUUUUGUAGGGACUCCAUUCUGGAUGGCCCCGGAAGUGAUUCUUCGGAAAGCGGGAUACAAUGAAAAGGCUGAUAUCUGGUCAUUGGGCAUCACCGUAAUUGAAUUGGCCAAAGGGGUACCUCCUCACGUUGGCGGGGAGCCAAUGAAGGUGUUGUUCCAAAUCCCGUCCAUGCCAGCCCCGUUGUUGGAAGAUGAUCCACACGGCACUGCCUAUAGCGACUUGAUUAAAGAUUUCAUCAAGUACUGCUUGGUUAAGAAUCCUGCAAAAAGGCCCUCCACCACCACAUUGUUGCGCCAUAAGUACUUCAGGUCAAUCCUGAGAAAGUACACGCUCGUGCCUUUGAUUCAACAGAAGGAUCGCUGGUUGGCAAAAAACUCCAAGAUUAGCAAGAGCAAGAGGCCAAGAUUAUCACUCGAUUAUGACCCCACGCCGUUGAAUCCGAUCGAUUGGCGGCUCACGGAGAAUUGUCAGAGUGGAAGCACACCGAAUUCUGGUGGGGUGUCUCCUUUGACUCCGAAGACUAGUGGUGGUACAUCGCCAUGCACCUCCACGCCGCCUCAGAAAGAUGAAAAUAGGAAGGAAGAUCACUCUUGUAGUUUGUCUCUUGAUGGUAAUGUUAUCUUGGCUUGCUUGAAUCGAGUGGCGAGCCGGGCAAAGACUGAAGAGACAAAAGUGAGUGUUUUGGAGUUGGGCAGGGUCUUGCACAGUUAUGAAAGCAGACAGCCAGGUUUGUGUGAAGCGAUUGCGGAGGAGAUUUGUUUGUAUGUGCACAAGCAUCGUGAAUUUUUAUAA